GAAGGUGCAAACAAGAUGCUAACUAUUCCGUGGAUCUCGCUGUUCCACGCAAUCUUUAGGAUUUUGCUGCCCUCCUUGAACACGGAACACACGCCCCGGCCUACCGUGCUGACGCGCAUCAGAGCUGUGCGCCUGUCGGCGCAACGCGCGUUAAUGCCAUCGGACCCGAUCUGCGACAUCAGGGGGCGAGAGGACAAGUUCUGCCUGCGCCGAGAACUGGAACGGCAGCCGCAAGGCGUCUGCUCAGCCGUACGGCCAACUGCAGCCAACAUGUCAUCCUCGACCUCGACCACUGCGAACUCCGACGCGGAGACACCGUCCCGCGGUGAACCAACGUGUUCCAAGGACCAGCCUCCACACUGCGACAGUCUGUUCCUGGAUGCUGGAGUGAGACUGGUCAGGGACGAAGACUGUCUCAACGGACCCCAGCGGCUCGUGGCAGACGGAUUUCUUACGCAAGAGGAGUGUGCAACCUUACUCAAUCUGAGCGAGUCCGCCAUUGCGGGUAGCGGCUACAGCAAGGCCUUCCCGAUGACGAAGUAUGAAGCCUUUAGCGGCGUCACUGCGAGAGAUUUGAAGGAGCGACUCAAGAACUCGUCCAUCGACGUGUCAACUGCUAAGCUGAUGCUGCUGGCUUCAGACAGGACUCGCCUCUAUGUGGAGGCCUACUUCCGGUUAAAGCGUAGGCUCCACAUCAACUUCGUCCAUCUGGCUUGCAGGAAUGCCACUGAAGGCAGCAUCGCUGGCGCAUGA